AAUAACGCUGUCUACGGAUAUGGAGGACGUUUAAAGUAGGUUUCUAUCACGUUUCUGUAGGAUCUCGUAGACUUUUUGGGUAAAUUUAUUGCGGCCAAAAUAACCUUUAAAAUACGUUUUUAAUGCGUUUUUCAUACCUUCAGAAAGUACGUUUUCCCUAUUUUUUAUGACGUUUUAUAAAUGUCUUGUGCUAUCAGGGAGCAGUAAGGAUGAAAUGUAUUGAGUUAUAAGUAUCAAAUUUGCAUAUAAAACUAAUAGUAAGCCAUUAUAUCAUGUUUGUUCACUACAUUCCUUCUUGUAUGAGGUCAGACCCAUUCUCAAUCUUUAGAGGUACUUUUUUACGACAAAAAGAUGUCUUAUUACUGCAUGAAGGUGGUCUAAGUCCCGAUGGAAUACGUAGAUUAUUACAUUUAAAGGUUCAAAAUAGAAAUGAGAUAGGCUUAACAUGUGUAUAAGUAAAUUAAAAGUAUUUUCUUUUAAAAAUUGAGAGAGAGAGAGAGAGAGAGAGAGAGAGGGGGGGGAGAGAGAGAGAGAGAGAGAGAGAGAGAGAGAGAGAGAGAGAGAGAGAGAGAGGGAGAGAGAGAGAGAGAGGGAGAGAGAGAGAGAGAGAGAGAGACGUGAACUGUCAUGCCGGCAUUUUUGACUUGGCGUAGUCGGACGUGGUGUAUAGCAGUUGUGUGGUGGUAGUCGAAUGGUGCACAUCGGUUUUUGUACAUAUAAUGUUUCCAUAUAUCGUUUGACAUCUUAUGUAAACUGAGUAUAAAACAAGUUAUAGUUUUGACUAAAUUUUGGCAACACUAAAUUUUGGCUGUAGAACAUUUUAUUCAUUUUUUGACUGCGAUUAUCUAUAAUGCGUUUUAUUUGUAUAAAUUGUUUGUGAAUUAUACAGUAUGAAAAUUAUUUUUUUAUAUGGAUGUGAGUUUGCAACCCCUCCUCACUACUUUUUAACGAUAGACCAUCUCUUCUAAUCAAAUUUAAAUUAUCGGUACUAUCAGUGAAUGUUAAUAAUCUACAUAGAGUAAAGAAAAAUAAAAAAAAAUUUUGCAUGUGCAAUAAUAAAAGUAUUUAAUAAAUUGUUAGCAUGCAUUUGAAAAAAGAUAUUGAUAGUGCUAUGACAGUCAGCAUCCGACAGCGAAUAUGUCAACCUGAUCGCAAUCCACUUUCACAAACGGAUGAUCAACAUUUUAAUCAUCAGAAUAAUGAUUUUUCAACUUCCCAGAUAGCUGAUAACGUUGCAAAUUUUCAAGUUAAAUUUAAAAAAUUUCCAUACACAACAAUUUCACAUAGCCCACCUCUUGAUUGCCUUCCUUUGUCUAGUAGCACAGAUGAUGAUCACAGCAGUUCUGAUACGGAACAUUGUCUAUCACCAUUGCAAAGUAAGACAGAGUUUUCAAUCACCAAUAAUACAACCAUUAACUCUAUUCGGAAACGAAGAGGAAACUUGCCAAAACACUCUGUUAAAAUUCUAAAAAGAUGGCUCUACGAUCAUAGAUACAAUGCAUAUCCUAGUGAUACUGAAAAAAUUACUCUAAGCGAAGAAGCUAAUCUUACAGUACUUCAGGUGUGUAACUGGUUUAUAAAUGCAAGACGACGCAUUUUACCAGAAAUAAUAAGAAAAGAAGGAAAUGAUCCUCAGAAAUACACGUUAUCAAGGCGUAACAAAAAAAUUCCUAAUGCAGCCCAACAAUCAUCUGAAUUAUGUUCUCAAUUAAAUGAGACUUUGGACUCUCUACGAAGUGAAAUUUCUUCUAAUGAGGAACAAAAUCAUUGUGACUACCAAAGCAAAUCUCAAACUGGGAGUGAAAGAAGAAAUCAUAAAGAAGACGGAAAUAGUUUUCAAAAAAAUCAGAAUAAACUAAAUGUUUGGCCUAAUUCAACUAUAGAUCAAUUCGUCAAUUCAAAAAUAGAAUUUAUUUCCAGUUUAAAAGAGGAUAUGUGGCGGAACCACCAGCGCCGCCAGAACGACGCUUGAGGCGCAAGCAGAUUCUGCAGCGCUCUUCUGACACCAGCAGUAAAGCAGAGCACGAGUCUGACCAGGAGAGUCAGAACCCGCUUCACGGUCCCCCGCAGCUGAAGCAGCCCGAAGGACGCCGAGGGUUACCGGAGUCGAGUUUGAACGACACACUUGCUCUGGCUGCCAACCAAGACGGACGUCUACAGUAAUCAAGAGUCAAGCCUCAAAGUUAUUCUUAGAUUAAUCAAUCAAGUUCUAGAUUAUUACUCUAA